CACUUCCAAGAACAUGAAAGGAUUGAUUAGAAAAAAGGGUAAAAGCAAUGGCUGCUAAAUUGGGAUAUUUUCCAAAGUCAUCCUGUUGGCACAUGAUUUGAUGUAGAUUGUAGACACGGUCAGGAUUUGAGCAACCCAAUGAAGAGGACAGGCCCCAUAUCGCCAUAGCCAUUGCAGUGUGGAGAUAAAAGCGAUAGGGCAAACAACAGUAUCAGACAGCACUACUUCACAAACUCAGAACCCAGAAACCCAGAAGGAUGAAGCUCAAAAUCUAUGCCGAUCGGAUGUCUCAGCCAUCUCGUGCUAUCAUCAUCUUCUGCAAGGUUAAUAGAAUUGAUUUUGAGGAGGUCAGAGUUGACCUGGCAAAGCGUCAGCAUCUUUCCCCUGAUUUUAAAGUGGUAAACCCCAUGGGGCAAGUUCCAGCAAUAGUUGAUGGAAGAUUUCAGCUGUUUGAGAGCCAUGCAAUUCUUAUCUAUCUUGCUUGUGCAUUUCCUGGAAUUGCUGAUAAUUGGUACCCAAAUGAUCUUUUCAAGAGAGCUAAGAUCCACUCAGUGUUGGAUUGGCAUCAUUCCAACUUACGUCGUGGUGCAGCCCCAUUUCUUCUAAAUACUGUACUGGGACCUGCACUUGGCAUUAAAGUGAAUCCGCAAGCAGCUGCUCAAGCUGAGAAACUCUUGUUCUCGUCUCUGUCAAAAAUUGAAUCCUUUUGGCUGGAGGGGAAUGGGAAGUUCUUGCUUGGAAGCUCUCAACCAUCCAUAGCAGAUCUCAGCUUGGUUUGUGAAAUUAUGCAACUAGAGAUUUUGGACGAGAGGGAACGCAAUCGGAUAUUAGGCCCAUACAAGAAGGUUCAACAGUGGAUUGAGAAUACUAAAAAUGCAACUAGGCCUCAUUUUGAUGAAGUACAUGCACUCCUUUUCGGAUUCAAAGCAAGGCUACAAAAGCCACCGUCAGGGAGGGCAAUCAAUGAGGCGAGCAAAAAAAGGGCAUUGCAUUCAAAGAUGUGAGAAAUGAGAAUCAUGUUGCUUGUAUUGUUGAAAAGAUCUGUGAUUAUAAGUUUGCAGACAGUAAACGUUAUAGGAGUGGUUGCGUGUUACUGGUAUUGUUACAAGAACCGUGUUACUUGUAUUGUUACAAGAUCAGCAAUUAUGAGUUUGCAGAGGAUAAACAUUAUAGGAGCGUUUGGAGCCAAUAAGGUGGCCGAACCUUGUUUCCUUAAUCGCAAUUAAGCUAUAUGCAAGAAAAUGUUAUUUGUA